GCACGCUGCACGCAUGUCGCAGAUCAUGUCCUGGGCCGGAUGCUUACGUCGGAGAAUAGAAUUCAGCAAGGGAACCGCACCAUGUACAUGUACAGGCAUGCCCGCCAUGCCAUGCCAUGGCAUGCCUUGUCAUGGCGUGUUGUGUCAAGCCAAGCAAAGUCAGCAAUGUCGACUAAGCAAACACAAAAAAAAAGGACACCGCGUAGCACACCAGACUUGUCGUCCCACUACACACUCCAGCUAGUGGCUGUCAUCCACCAGAAAAAAAAACCACUCUCCCAUACCCUCGCAACCCACAUAGCUCACCAUGUAUCUACGUACUUACUACACACGACGCCCUGCUCCCAGCACCGUCAAAAGCCACCUAUGUAAA